CUCCACUUGACAACCAUUGAACGACUUCCAUUCUUUCCUUCACUGGUAGUCCAAGAUGGUUGCGAGGAUAGGAUCAAGAAGCUGCUUGCUGGCGAGACAGGAUGUCUUUGUUGUGUCCAAUAAUAUCGUAUUCCUUCGUGCAGCAUCAUUCCAUACUUCAACAAGAGCUUACCAGCAAGACAAUAUUGGCGCAUCAUCAUCAACUCGAUACAUAAAAACACCCUCUUUUCCUCCUCCUAGUUUUCCCAAGUCAUUUGGAGCAAAUCAAGUUGUUCCAUUGGACCUGGAAUUGACAAAACGAUUUGAAGCAAUAAUGAAAUCGUUUCCAGAACCAAUCAGAUUCGCAUUCGCAUAUGGAUCAGGCGUAUUCCCACAAAGUCAAGCAGGACCAGAACAUUCAGCAAAACCGACAACAAAAGAAGGUAAGAAGAUGAUUGAUUUAGUCAUGGCUGUUAAUCAUCCACAACAUUGGCAUGGAAUAAAUAUGAAACAAAAUCCAAAACAUUAUAGUUGGAUAGCAAGACUUCUUGGGAGUUUGGGAAUCGGGUUCGUUCAACCAUUAGGAGCAGGGCUAUGGUAUCAUCCUUACGUUCGAAUCGAGGAUGAACUGAUAAAGUAUGGCGUAAUGGAUAUCGAUACUCUCUGCUCUGAUUUAUUGGAUUGGGAUACUCUGUACAUCAGUGGCAGAAUGCAUAAGCCAGUCACUCUCCUAGCCACCGAUGCUAGAGCUAGGCUAGCACAACAGGUCAACUUGGCAUCAGCAUUACGAACCUCACUUCUACUGCUGCCUGAGCAAUUUGGUGAAGCAGAGCUCUACACCCGAAUCGCUUCCCUUUCGUACACGGGAGAUUUCAGGAUGAGUGUACCGGGAGGUGAGAAUGCGAACAAGGUACGAAAUAUUGUUUUAAAUCAACGUGAAAUGUUUAGGCGGCUAUAUGGUAGCUUAAUCCGAAGCAUUGAGACGAUAAGCAUAGAGGAGACAAGGAAGAAUCGAUUCACAUUAACACAAGAUUGUUCGGAUAAAGUACGAGCGAAACAUGCAUCAAAAUUACCACUCCGAUUACGUGAAAAGAUUCAACAACAUUAUACAUCUCAUCCGGAUAAAAAUGAUGCAUUUUUACAACUUUCCCUUUCGACAAGAUCGGAAAAUGUUGCAAGAAUGCCGGGCGCAAAAGCUGCGCAUAUAGACAAAGAUAAAUGGGAUAACUUUUGGUUGGCUGUGGUGAAACAAUCGGAUUUUCAAACUGUUCUUCUUUCAAAGAUUGCAGAGAUUGUUCGUGGUCCAGCACGUUCGCAAAGCCUUAAAGGCAUUUAUACAGCCGGCUUUGGCAAGACGAUUCGCUAUGUGUUGGCAAAAGUCGGAAAGGUGAGUCCGUGUUGUGUUUCUGUAGGUGAAGUGCUAUACUGAUCUGCUUUCUUCUCUUUUCAGUUCUUUGAAGGUCGCAAGGAGAAAGAAGAAAAGUCGGAAUAGAGCAUGUAUAACAUUCAGUCUUCCUGUGGUGGUAUCAUGAUUAGCAUAGUUCAAUGUACAGUGUUCAAUAGUCAUCUUUCCCUUUAUUGAGGUCUUCCUGUUGC